UCAACCUAAGCCAGAAUGGGGAAGGAAAAGACUCUUAUCAACAUUGUUGUCAUCGGACACGUAGAUUCGGGCAAGUCUACCACUACUGGUCAUCUGAUCUACAAAUGUGGUGGGAUCGACAAAAGAACUAUUGAAAAAUUCGAGAAGGAGGCUGCUGAGAUGGGAAAAGGCUCCUUCAAGUAUGCCUGGGUCUUGGAUAAACUGAAAGCUGAACGUGAACGUGGUAUCACCAUUGAUAUCUCCCUGUGGAAAUUCGAGACCAGCAAGUAUUACGUGACCAUCAUCGAUGCUCCAGGACACAGAGACUUUAUCAAGAACAUGAUUACAGGCACAUCUCAGGCUGAUUGUGCUGUCCUGAUUGUUGCUGCUGGUGUUGGUGAAUUUGAAGCCGGUAUCUCCAAGAAUGGGCAGACCCGUGAGCAUGCCCUUCUGGCUUACACACUGGGUGUAAAACAACUAAUUGUUGGUGUUAACAAAAUGGAUUCCACUGAGCCACCCUACAGCCAGAAGAGAUACGAGGAAAUCGUUAAGGAAGUCAGCACCUACAUUAAGAAAAUUGGCUACAACCCUGACACAGUAGCAUUUGUGCCAAUUUCUGGUUGGAAUGGUGACAACAUGCUGGAGCCAAGUGCUAACAUGCCUUGGUUCAAGGGAUGGAAAGUCACCCGUAAAGAUGGGAAUGCCAGUGGAACCACACUGCUUGAAGCUCUGGAUUGCAUUCUGCCACCAACUCGUCCAACUGACAAGCCCUUGCAUCUGCCUCUCCAGGACGUCUACAAAAUUAGUGGUAUUGGCACUGUUCCUGUGGGCCGAGUGGAGACUGGUGUUCUUAAACCUGGCAUGGUGGUCACCUUUGCUCCAGUCAAUGUUACAACUGAAGUCAAGUCUGUUGAAAUGCACCAUGAAGCUUUGAGUGAGGCUCUUCCUGGGGACAAUGUGGGCUUCAAUGUCAAGAACGUAUCUGUCAAAGAUGUUCGUCGUGGCAAUGUGGCUGGUGACAGCAAAAAUGACCCACCAAUGGAAGCAGCUGGCUUCACAGCUCAGGUGAUUAUCCUGAACCACCCAGGCCAAAUUAGUGCUGGAUAUGCACCUGUGCUGGAUUGUCACACAGCUCACAUUGCUUGCAAGUUUGCUGAGCUGAAGGAGAAGAUAGAUCGUCGUUCUGGAAAAAAGCUGGAAGAUGGUCCCAAGUUCUUGAAAUCUGGUGACACUGCCAUUGUUGAUAUGGCUCCUGGCAAGCCUAUGUGUGUUGAGAGCUUCUCUGACUAUCCUCCUCUGGGCCGUUUUGCUGUUAGUGACAUGAGACAGACGGUUGCUGUGGGUGUCAUCAAAGCAGUAGACAAGAAGGCAGCUGGAGCUGGCAAGGUCACCAAGUCUGCCCAGAAAGCUCAGAAGGCUAAAUGAAUAUUAUCCCCAAUACCUGCCACCCCAGUCUUAAUCAGUGGUGGAAGAACGGUCUCAGAACUGUUUGUGUCAAUUGGCCAUUUAAGUUUAAUAGUAAAAGACUGGUUAAUGAUAACAAUGCAUCGUAAAACCUUCAGAAGGAAAGGAGAAUGUUUUGUGGACCAUUUGUUUUUGUGUGUGUGUGUGGCAGUUUUAAGUUAUUAGUUUUUAAAAUCAGUACUUUUUAAUGGAAACAACUUGACCAAAAAUCUGUCACAGAAUUUUGAGACCCAUUAAAACAAAAGUUUAAUGAGAAAUCUGUGUCUUCUUUUGGUCAACACUGUAACCUUGUACUAUUAAGUAAAAGGAAGGGUAAGUUGCAUAGAUCUUGUUUUCUAAUGUUAAAAUAUGCCGAAACUGAAAUUUUGGGUAACAUUUUUUUUUCCUGGGUGGAAUCUUGGGAGUUUUCACUUUGUCUGAGGUCAGGAAAUGGUUAAGUACAUA